GUCAAGCCUACAUUUGUUACGCCGGUGUCAUUUCUCGCAGGCGUCGGUAGCGGCCGCAUCAAGGUAGUAAAGUUUUAAGCUUUCGCAGUUUUAUUCGUCACAACUAGAGUUUGAAUUCGCUUUCUCGUUUGAAUAGAAGUUUAUUUUAUCGAUAACCAAAAUAUGUCGUACUCGCUCGAAGGAGGAAGUCCAUGGGGCUUUCGUCUUACCGGAGGAAAAGAUUUCCGUACGGAAUUGGUGAUUUCUAAAAUUACACCGGGAGGAAAAGCAGAUCGUGCUGGUAUAAAAUGUGGCAUGGCUUUAUCGGAAAUAAAUAAUCAACCUACCGCAAAUAUGACUCAUAUGGAAGCUCAAGGUCAAGUAAAAAACGCUGGGCAUACACUAGUAUUAAUUGUCAAGAAUAAAGAUAAUAGUGUUUCAUAUGCUACCAGCGGUGUUGAGAAUUUGAAUAUUUCUUCACCACCAAAGCCAUCCGUCCAAACAAGUGCAACUUAUGUGAAACCAGUGCAAACUUCUGUACCUCAGCCUAAUCGGUAUCAACCAAGCAAACCAGCCCCCACUCCUGAUUUUCUUCCACCCCCACCAGCAGAUGAGCCUCUUCCUCCUCCGCCACAAAGCAUGCUCGGGCCUGGACCACAGAUGAAGCAACAGUCUAACAAAGGGGAUGAAAGUGAUCCAAUAUGUGAAGGGUGUAGGAAGAUUAUUCUUGGUCCUUAUCUGUCACAUCAAGGCAAGAAUUGGCACAUUGAUGAAUUUGUAUGCGCUGCGAGCAAUUGUAGAAAACCACUUCAAAAUAUCGGCUUUAUUGACGAAGGAGGAGAGAGAUACUGCAAAGAUUGCUAUGAGAAGCAUUUUGCUCACACAUGUGGAAAAUGUCACAAAAAAGUUGUCGGCGAAGUAAUGCAUGCUCUGGGCCAAACCUGGCAUAUGACAUGCUUUGUAUGUAAAGCAUGUGGUCAAACCUUCAAAGAUGGUGUAUUUCAAAUGCAAGGUGAUCAACCAUACUGUAUUACUGACUACAAUCGUCUGUUUAGCCAGGUAUGCAAAGGGUGCAACUUUACCAUCGAAGCUGGAGAUAGUUAUUUGGAAGCACUUAGUGCACAGUGGCAUGAUACAUGCUUUGAAUGUGCUGUUUGCCAUUGUGACCUUAAAACUGUAGGAUUUUUUGCAGCUGGUGGAAAACCUGUUUGUAGCAAUCACAGAAAUGCCAGGGUUGCAUGAACAACACAA